UGCAUCCUCACCGGCCUUCGUGCUCACCUCGUAUACUUACGGCGUAGGGUUUUAGCGCCUUGAAAUGGCGGAAGAGUUUAAGGCCAGGGCAGAAGCCGGGUUCUUCUUUCUCUAACAUAUUUUCUUAGGAAAACAUAGAUUUUGAGCCAUGGAUUUCUCUUCUGCUUCAUCAGGCUCGUCCUCUCCCCCUUCCACAGAGGCUCUAAUGGACCAGGUCAAGACCCAGCUAGCUCAGGCUUAUGCGCAAGAAUUCCUCGAGACUGUAGGAAGCAAGUGCUUUGCAAAGUGCGUCACAAAGCCUGGUUCAAGCCUAAGCGGGAGCGAAAGCAGUUGCAUUUCUAGAUGUGUGGACCGCUACAUUGAAGCCACUGGUAUUGUCAGCCGUGCCCUUCUGGGUGGCUCUCACUGAACACACUCUCGUAUCAUGGAUUUUGAAAGUCAUGAAGAUUUUUGGCAUGAAUAGCUGAGAGGAAAUGUGAUAGGCGUUGUUUUUGCAUGUAACUCUUUUAUUCUUUUCCUUUUAUUGGGUGGCUAUGCAAGAGUCACACCCCCAUAUUGCAAAUUUCUCGGGAGACAAGUUUGUUUGCAAAAGGCACUCCCAUAAUGAAAAUUACUUGAGGGAGCAUCAUGCUUUUUGUUCUCGAAUUAUACCACCUUCCCCAACUUAAUUGAACAUUCUUAUUCGUGGACCAUCUA